UGCUAUCACUUUGGGGUGGAUUCACUGUCACACACAUGCAUCCUCUUCACAUAAAAUCAGGAAGCACAGACAUCAGUUAGCAGAGCUGCAUCGCUGCAAUGGAGAAUGUACGAAGAAGGGUGGCUGGAUGGAGGAGGAUAUCAUUUACAUCAAAGCUGUCUCAAGUUUUCUUCAACACUGAUGGAAGUAUUCACUAUAAAAUAUUUGGACAAGGUGGAGGUGGAUCUGAGCGGCUGGUUUUACUGAGUCUGGGUCUGCUGAACGUUGUUUUGCUGAUAGUUGCUGUUGCUCUUGGGAUUAACUGUGCCAAAGUCAGAGAGGUUUCCCUCCAUGUUUCACACUCAACAGCAACACAGCUCAUCACUGAGCUUGACUAUCUCCGUGGCAACCACAGCAAAGCGGUGGAAGCUGAAGAGGAGGCCAAGAACGCGUUAGACAUAUCGCGAAAAAAACAUGCACAACUGAAGGUGGAAAUUGAGCUGCAGAAGGCCACCAAUGACAAUUAUUGGAGGCAGAUUGGGGUGCUGCAAGUAGAGAAGACCAGGCUGCAGUCCAAUAUAUCUGCACUGGAGGGGACCUGUGGCAGAUGCCUGCCCACAUGGAUUCUUCACAACUCAUCCUGCUAUUUCUUCUCUUACAUUGAGUCCACUAAUGUGAGGAAGAAUUGGCCAGACAGCAGAGCAGACUGUGUUGGUCGUGGAGCUGACCUGAUUGUGAUCGAUAACCAGGAGGAGCAGAAAUUUGUGAGUGCCAACAUUGGAAAUCUGAGAGGUGUCCAGAACGUCCGAGGGAACGGAUUCUGGAUUGGUCUCACUGACAUGGACACAGAGGGUAACUGGGUCUGGAUUAAUAAUGUCACUGAGGUGGAGCCAAGGUUCUGGAUGGAUGGAGAACCAAACGACGUUGGACACCAUGGUGAAGACUGUGCAGUUGCAGUUUAUAGCCCCAAUAAUCCCUGGAAGACCCGUAACGAUGGCAGUUGCCACACUAAUACAUUACACUGGAUAUGUGAAAUGAAAUCAAGCUAAAUUCAGGAAGCACUGCUCUCGUAGAAAACACAAACAUACGUUUGUAAGUCUGUACAAAAAAAAAAAAAGAAUAAA